UAUAUACGGGCUCUUAUUAAAAAAAAUUAACACAAGUGAAGAUGAUGACAUGAAAAUAAAAGUGAUCGAGUGGACAGUUGUGUUGUUGAUUAAUGAUUAAUGAUUAAUUAUUGUGAGAGACGAUCAUUAAAAAAGAAAAAAAAUGACAACUGAAAAGUCAAGACAAAAUCCUCUUGAAAAGGCGAGCUCUAUUAGCCGGUUAUUUUUUUGGUGGACAGUGAAAUUGUUUAAAAAAGGAUCGCGACAUGGGAUUACAAUAAAUGAUCUUUUCCCGCCGUUAGCUUCGGAUAAAUCAAAAUCUUUGACUGACUAUUUAGAAAGAGCUUGGGCUGAUGAACUUAAAAAAUCUGAAACUAACGAACGGAGUGAGAAUAAUAACGGGUGUGGUAAUAAGUCCCUGAAACCUAGCUUACUACGCGCGAUUAUCAAAACAUUUUGGCUUGAAUCUCUGAUCAUUGGGCUACUUCAAAUGUUCAUGAAUGUUAUUUUAACAAAUUUACAACCGAUUAUUCAGAACUGGAUAAUUGAUUUCUUUGAAAAUAAAAAUAACGAGACGUCUCAAAAUAAUGCGCUGAUAUAUGCCACGAUACUUGCCAUCUUAACUUUUGCAAUGAUAUGUAUAACACAACAAUAUAUAUUUUUGAGUCGAAUGUUAGGAAUGAGAGUAAGAGUUGCCUGUUGUUCGUUAAUUUAUCGAAAAAGUUUGAAAUUAAGUAAACCAGCUUUGGAUGAAACUCCAGUUGGUCAAGUAAUAAAUCUUCUCAGUAAUGAUGUCAAUCGCUUUGAUUCUGUUAUGGUAUAUAUUAAUUAUCUAUGGAUAUCACCGCUUCAGGUUAUUGUGAUCGGAUACCUCAUUUGGCGAAGUAUUGGAGUUUAUACUCUGAUUGGCUACGGAGUGUUAUUAUUGAUGACUAUUCCAAUGCAGUGCUAUGUUGGAGUAAGAACAGGAAAACUUAGAAAUUUGACUGCUAAAUUAACCGAUCGACGUGUGCAGUUUAUGAGUGAAUUAAUAGCAGGAAUUCAGGUGAUAAAAAUGUAUGCAUGGGAAAUGCCGUUCAAUAAAAUAGUCAAGCAAAUAAGAUUUAAUGAAAUAAGAAAAAUACAUUGCUCAAAUAAUUUACAAGUAUUGUCUACAAUAUUCUCAGGGAUUAGCCAAAAGAUGAUGGUUUUCCUAACACUGGUGGUUUUGAUGUACAGCGGAAAUGUAAUAGAUCCACAGAUUACUUUUCAAAUCGCUAUUUAUUUCAACACCCUUCAAUUACAUAUGGCAGACAUCUACCCCGUAGCGAUCGUUCUGAUUGGUCAGACCAUGGUUACGGUUAAAAGGAUUGAAGAGUUUUUGCGGUUAGAGGAAGUUAAAGAAAAUACUAAAGCACUUUUGAUUCUCAAAGAGUGUAAGAUAUCGGAAGUUAAUGAUGGAACAGAGAAAAAAUCUACUCCUAGGGCUGUAGUUGUUGAACUGAAUAAGGUUUCGGCCAAUUGGAAAUUUGGACAGUUACCUCCGACACUUUAUGACGCAACGCUGAAGAUUAACGGCGGAGAACUUUGUACUCUUGUAGGUCCAGUUGGUUCGGGCAAAAGUUCUUUGCUUAAUUUGCUGCUGCAGGAGCUGCUAGUUGGCGCGGGAACAGUUGGGCUCUUUCAGUUCCCUCGUGAAGAGUCAGCUGAUACCAGAUCUAAAUCUGGAUUUAUACAGGACAAUCCAGAGAUGAAAAUAUCGUAUGCAAGUCAAGAUCCCUGGCUUUUUACGGGAACUGUGAGAGAGAAUAUCCUCUUUGGGCUGGAUUAUGACAAAACGCGUUAUGAAGAAGUAACGAAAGUUUGUUCAUUACUGCGAGACUUUAAACAACUGCCCAAUGGUGACAUGACAAUCGUUGGAGAACGCGGAGCUUCAUUGUCUGGUGGUCAACGAGCGAGAGUAAAUUUGGCCAGGGCAAUUUACAGACCAGCAGACUUAUACCUACUAGAUGAUCCCCUCAGUGCCGUAGAUGCGCGUGUCGCUCGACGUCUCUUCCAGGAUUGUAUUCUUGGCUAUUUGAAAGACAAAACGCGGAUUCUCGUUACACAUCAGUUUAAUUAUCUAAAGCAAGCAGACACUAUUGCAAUUAUGGAGCGCGGCACUAUUACACAUCACGGUGCUUUCAAUACUUUAGCCAAAUCGGAUUCGGAAUUUAUAAGUACGCUUAGAAAUAUAAAUUGUAAUGAUAAAAAAGCUUCAACUGAUGCAACUGAAGUCCUUCAAAAUACCCAUAAGAGAAAAAUUUUCCUCAAAGACGCUAACCAAGUAUCUACAAUUUCCUUAAAAACUGAAAUCAGUCAUGAAUCUACAAUAAAUGGAGAGUACCUCGACACAGAUGUAAAAACUACUAUCCCCGACGAAGUUAUAGGCACGGGGUUCAUUUCUAAAGAAAUUUACUACCGCUUCUUCCAGAAAGGAGCAGGAAUAAUUGGCGUCAUUCUACUAUUAAUUUUAUUUAUUGUCACCCAAGUCGCAGGCAUUGGUGUCGACCAGUGGAUGACUUAUUGGACAACAUUGGAAUCACUCAGACCGUGUAUUCAUUCCUCAGGCGGUUUUUGCCAGGGCGCUGAACAUGAAUCCAAUUCCCUCGUCAAUAGCACAAUAUUCGCUCCUUUUCUCGAUGCUGACGGUUUGUUAUCCGCGAACACGGCAGUCUACAUCUACUUGACACUUCUUAUCACUUUUGUCGCACUAUCAAUGUCAAGGUGCUAUUUCCUUAUCCUGGUUGGAAUGAGAGCUGCGCGUAAGCUCCAUGAUCUCAUGCUGGCCAACAUUCUUCAAGCAACCAUGUACUUUUUCAGUACAAAUCCUUCUGGUCGAUUAUUGAAUAGAUUUUCAAAAGACGUUGGUGCAAUGGAUGAGCUACUUCUGCCAUUAAUGCUUCAAGCUUCAUUGAUACUUUUUAACUCAGCAGGGACUCUAGUCAAUAUCAUUAUAGUUAAUCCCUGGAUGAUAAUACUGACGGUAGUUGCUGGUGUAGUUUUUUAUUUCGUAACAAUAUGUUAUCUAGUAACAGCUCAAGAUGCCAAACGAAUCGAAGGAACAACUAAAAGUCCUAUCUAUACACAAGUAAACACUACGUUCAAUGGUUUAACGACAAUUCGGAGUCGUGGCAAAGAAGUGCAAAGGAUGCUACGAAAUGAAUUCGAUGAAUACCAAGAUAUUAAUUCUGGGGCAUGGUAUUUGUUGAUAGGAACUGGAUCAGCGUAUGGUUUCAGUAUCGAUAUAAUUGCGUGUAUUUUUAUUGCCAUUUUAUGUUUUUCAUUGAUCUUAAUUAAUCCUGACAACAGUUAUGGAGCGUCUAUAGGUUUGGCGAUAUCUCAGUCAUUGACAUUGACAAAUAUGUUGCAAUGGGGUAUAAAGCAAGCCAUGGAAGUACAGUCACAAAUGACGGCAGUUGAAAGAAUUAUUCAGUAUACUGAUCUACCAAAAGAGGGUCCAAUAGAGUCGCCGAAGCCGUUGCCAGAAAACUGGCCGUCAGAGGGACGGAUGCAGUGGAAAAAUGUGUACCUCUCUUACAAAGAAGGUGAUCCUCCUGUUUUGAAGAAUAUUGACCUGAUGAUAGAGCCGGGCUGGAAAGUGGGAGUUGUCGGAAGAACUGGUGCUGGAAAGUCGUCUUUGGUAUCAGCCCUCUUCCGACUUGUAGACGAUGGACUCCAGGGGCAAAUAAUAAUUGAUGACGUUGACACAAAAACUAUUGGUCUUCAAGACUUACGAUCAAGUAUAUCGAUAAUUCCACAAGAGCCUGUUUUAUUUUCUGAAACUUUGCGGUAUAAUCUCGAUCCCUUCGACAAGUACACCGACAAAGACAUUUGGGAUGCUUUGAGAGAAGUUGAAUUGAGUGAUUUGGUCCUCGAUCAAUGGGUCACCGAGGGUGGAACCAAUUUCAGUGUCGGUCAACGUCAACUUAUUUGUCUCGCCCGAGCUCUGUUAAGAAACAAUCGUAUUCUUGUUCUCGAUGAAGCCACCGCCAAUAUCGAUUCUCGAACUGAUGAAUUAAUUCAGCAAGCGAUCCGGUCUAAAUUCGCAAACUGCACCGUUAUAACAAUAGCUCACCGAUUGAAUACGAUCAUAAACAGCGACAGAGUUCUAGUUAUGGACGGUGGUUGUGUUGCGGAGUUUGACACCCCCUACGAACUACUGAUGAAAAAACCAGAUAGUGCCUUCGCAAAAAUGGUGGAACAGACUGGUCCAACGAUGGCCGCUAAAAUAAUACAAGAAGUGAUAGAACUACAGUUAAAAUCAGCAUAGUUAUACAUUUCGAAUCUACACAAUCGUGGAUUCUACAAGAUUCAUUCACGCCAGUUAAUCGGAGAGCAAUCUUCAACGAAUAAUUAAUUAUUUUUCUUUUUUUGUACAGUAUUCUUUUAACGAAUUAGUGGAAUUAAAUUCCACAAUUAACCUUUUGAGCUUUAGCUGCAGAGAAUCAAUUUUUUUUCUUCUGUACUUCUCAAAAUAAUAUAUUUUACCAUGACCAUAACACGCUUUCAUCAUAAAUUAAU